AUGAGCGGGCGCCCUAGGACCACGUCAUUCGCCGAGGGCAGCAAAUCCGUUCGAAAGACAUUUGAAAAUCAACCACCUAAACCACCUUUAGGCGGAGUAAAAAUUAGUAGCAAGGACGGCUCAAAAGUGGCGACCGUGGUAGCGACGCCCGGCCAGGGCCCGGACCGGCCGCAGGAGGUGAGCUAUUCGGACAUGAAGCUGAUCGGCAAUGGCAGCUUCGGAGUCGUCUACCAGGCGAAGCUCUGCGACACCGGCGAGCUGAUCGCCAUCAAGAAGGUGCUCCAGGACAAAAGGUUUAAGAACCGAGAGCUUCAAAUAAUGCGACGACUGGAGCAUUGUAAUAUUGUCAAAUUGAAAUACUUCUUUUACUCCAGCGGAGAAAAGAAGGACGAAGUGUACCUGAAUCUGGUGCUGGAGUACAUACCGGAGACGGUUUAUAAAGUUGCGCGUCAUUACUCCAAAGAUGAACAAACCAUACCCAUUAGUUUUAUAAAGCUAUACAUGUACCAGUUGUUCAGAAGCCUUGCAUACAUACACUCACUGGGAAUCUGCCAUCGGGACAUCAAGCCACAGAACCUCCUCCUCGACCCGAAGACCGGUGUCUUGAAGCUUUGUGAUUUCGGCUCAGCGAAGCACCUCGUGCGCGGCGAGCCUAACGUUUCCUACAUCUGCUCACGAUAUUAUCGAGCGCCGGAACUCAUCUUUGGCGCUAUUGACUACACAACUAAAAUUGACGUGUGGAGCGCGGGGUGUGUGGUGGCUGAGUUGUUGCUGGGUCAGCCAAUAUUCCCCGGAGAUUCGGGCGUUGACCAACUCGUUGAGAUCAUCAAGGUCCUCGGCACACCGACUCGGGAACAAAUUCGCGAAAUGAAUCCGAACUACACGGAAUUUAAAUUCCCACAAAUCAAGAGUCAUCCAUGGGCAAAGGUGUUCCGCGCAUGUACACCCCCAGACGCGAUAUCUCUGGUCUCGCGGCUGCUCGAGUACACUCCGGGGGCGCGUCUCUCGCCGCUGCAGGCGUGCGCGCACAGCUUCUUCGACGAGCUGAGGGAGCCGUCGGCUCGCUUGCCCAACGGUCGGCCUCUACCACCGCUCUUCAACUUCACGGAUUACGAGCUCUCGAUUCAGCCAUCGCUAAACGACUUCCUGAAGCCGCGCGCCGCCGCACACGCCGAGGCCGGCGCGUCCGCUGCGCAUGAGCAUGACGCUCAGGGCGAGAACGCAACAGCGAGCGGAACAAGCGGCGGGUCGCCGAGCGCGUCGUAG